GCCCAAGCACGCACUGAAAAAAGGAGUGAACAGAGGAAGUAGGUAAGAGCAGCUGAUAGACUGCAGGUUCUGAGAGACCAGGAGAACAAUGAGCACACAAGCAACUGAGAAUACAGAAGGAGCUCAGGUUAAAGCAAAAGCGGCUUGGGUGUGUCCUAUUGGAGACAAACAUAUCCACAGGGAGGAUGUGAGGCGGGUCUGGAAAGAAUGUCAAGAAGAGAGCUUCUGGUACCGAGCUCUGCCUCUCUCUCUCGGGAGCAUGGCCGUCACUGGAGGCUUGAUCUACAAUGGUGUUUGGAAACAGUCAAAGAGGUUUGGACCAUUCCCUAAACUUGCACUGGCAGGUAUUCUGGGUUAUGCGAUUGGGAAAGCUUCUUACAUUGGGACAUGUAAGGAAAAGUUUCAGAAGCUGGGACCAGAGUUCAGUAAAGGCUAUGGUCCACGCUGGGGACCAGGCUUUGGGCCCCCAGGCUUUAGGGGAGGGCACAGACACUGCAAUCAUGAAUGUCAGGAGUGUCGGAAACUAGAAAAUCAAGAAGCUGGAGCAGCAACUGCAACACCCACUCAAAGCUGAGGUCACCAAAUAUCUACACAGACACUUCUGACCAAAAUAAGAUUCACCACAAGGGGGAGCCAAACCAGAAAACACAGAAAUACAGUGUGAUCACAGAGACCCAAAUAACACACUCAAAAAUGAUGGUCCUUCAUGGGUACUUUUGUGUAAAAAAAAAGGUUCUAUGUAUAACCAUUUCCAUGCUUAAAGGUUCUUUGCAUGCAUGGUUCUUCAGACUGAAUGUUGAAUAUGGUUCUAUAACCUUUUUGAAAAUUGCAUAAAGCAUUA